AACCCAUUACAUGAGCGCAUACAUCAAGUUCACCGCUCUUUCUGGCGCGCGUAACGAGGACCCAUUAUGCUAUUUACUUGAAAUCGACGAAGCAAAGCUUCUUCUUGACUGCGGAUGGACUGAUGCAUUUGAGCCAGAAGACCUCAAGCAGCUCAAACGGAUCGCGAAACAAGUUGAUGCCGUAUUAAUCAGUCAUGCAGAUAUUGAGCACCUCGGAGCUUACCCUUACGCUGUGGGCAGUCUUGGCCUGAACUGCCCUGCGUACGCAACCGUUCCUGUUCACGAUAUGGGACAGAUUUGCAUGUAUGAUGCAUACCAGUCCAAAAGCGAUGUCGAGGAUUUUUCCACUUUUACCUUGGAUCAUGUGGACACGGCUUUUGAAAACAUGGUUCAAUUGCGUUAUUCACAGCCGUUCUCGCUGUCAGGGAGAUGUAAAGGCAUCACAAUCACUGCAUAUGCUGCAGGGCAUACUGUAGGAGGCACCCUCUGGAAGAUCAAGAAGGAUACUGACGAAAUCGUAUAUGCAGUUGAUUAUAAUCACAAGAAAGACCGCCAUCUGAAUGGCACUGUGCUCAUGACCACCGAAGCCCUCGCAAGACCGUCGGUUUUGAUUACGGAUUCGUAUAAUGCGAACAGUGAACAGCCACUCCGGAAAAUCCGUGAUGCCGCUCUUGUGGAUACCAUCACCGCGGCACUCAGCGCUGGAGCAAACGUUCUUAUUCCAGUCGACUCUUCAACCCGAGUUUUGGAGCUAGCUUACCUUCUUGAACAGCACUGGGCAUUCAAUCGUGUGCAGUAUGCACUGAUAUUUUUAGCUCAUCAGAGCUAUCGCACUAUGACAUUAGCCAGAACGAUGUUGGAAUGGAUGGGCGACGGUGUGGCACAGGCAUUCUCACAGAGGCGUGAGGUUCCGUUCGACUUCAAGUUUUUGCGAACAUUGUACCGGAUGAAGGACCUUGAGAAAUUAAAUGGACCAAAACUGGUCCUUGCCUCGCUCUCGAGCAUGGACACCGGAUGGUCUAGUCAGCUCUUGCAAGAGUGGUGCGAAGACCCCAAAAAUAUCAUCAUAUUACCUGACCGAGGACUACCUACCUCAAUGACCCGACGCCUCUAUGAUGAGUGGAAUUUAAACGCGCCCCCAAUACAAUCUAAUGGACUUCGCCCAUCUGUUAAUAUUGAACUAGACCUCCCUAUGACGGUCAAGACCAAAAUUCCAUUAGAAGGAGAAGAACUUGCGGAGUUCCUCGCCCGCGAACAGCAGCGUCGUGAACAUGAACUGGAGAGUCUUGCGAAGCAACGCUCGCUGAUAGAAGAAGAUGAAAGCGACAUGAGUGAAGAUGAAGGAGAGGUGGCUGAGGUUGCCAACAUUCUUGCUACCGGCUUUGAUAUAUAUGUGAAGGAUCAAACGCGAUCAGGUGGCUUCUUUAAACAGUCACAGUCCUAUCGAAUGUUUCCGACAUAUGAACCGAGGAAGAGGGUCGAUGAUUAUGGUGAACAGAUUGACCCCGCUGUAUACAUGCGAGGAGAGUAUCAAUAUGCCUUGCAGCAGGCAGCUGAGGAGGAGGAGUCAGCGCAGGGGCCUACACCAAUGGACCUGGAUAGGAUUCGACCUGAGGAGGAUAAAAUACCCUCGAAAUACAUAACACGCGAGACAAAUCUUAAGAUUCGAUGUAAAGUCAUGUAUAUUGACUUCGAAGGACGUUCAGAUGGCCGAUCCGUCAAAAAUAUCUUGCCACAAGUGGCACCACGCAAGUUGAUUCUAAUACAUGGAUCCGAAGAAGCGACCGACGAUCUUGCCGGGUAUUGCGCCGAGACCGAGUCGAUGACUACCGAAAUCUACACGCCGCAUGUUAACGAAUGUAUCAAUGUUUCAGCGGCGACCAAUAUUUACCAGGUUAAAUUAACGGAUUCGCUCGUGAGCUCCUUGAAGGUUGCUGCGAUCGCCGACUACGAACUAGCGUAUGUAAGCGGCAUAAUUCGCUUCCCGCAAGACGAAAUUCCGGGCCUUAUGUCAGAUCAAACACCGGGAGACAUUACAACGCCCAGUGGAACUGCAACAAGCACGGUGGUACCCAUUCUCGAUUUUGUCCCUGUGGAAGAUCAGAGAGUACACCGCCCCGUCAUUGUGGGCGAUCUAAAACUUUCAGAAUUUCGGCGGCUGCUUCAGGCGGAAGGGUUUGGAACCGAAUUUGUAUCAGGCGUGCUAGUCGUAAAUGGCAAAAUUGUUGUAAAACGAACAGCUGCAGGACAGUUGACAAUGGAGGGGCAGGUGGGCAGCGACUUUUACCGGAUCAGAUCAUUAUUAUAUAAUAUGCUAGCAAUAUUAUAGCGUGUGUUAGACGCUCUUCUCCUGUGCCGAGCAGCUUGAAAAGUCUAUUGAUAGUAUACCACGUCCUGAAGAUGAACCUUUAGGGUUAUUUAUUAUUUUAUUUGGUCUAUUUUCUGAAUUUAACGAGAAACCCG